AUGACUAGGUUUCAUUUGCCUAAGGGCAACAGUGGCCACAAACCCACACCGAUUACUUCAACCGAUGCUCUUAUCGUUGGUACUGGGCCAGCAGGAGCAUCUUUGGCAUGCUUCCUAGCCUACUAUUGCAUUCGUGGGAUCAUGAUCAGCUCAUGCCCUACAACGGCGGACACCCCACGGGCUCACAUCACAAAUAUGGCUGCAAUGGAGUGUCUCCGUGAUAUUGGCCUUGACAAGGAAUGUGAAUGUCUUGCAACCAAUAACAUGAACAUGAUGCAUACCCGCUGGGCGUACAGCAUGGCUGGAGAGGAAUACGCACGUAUUCAUUCAUGGGGACAUGAUCCAAAGCGAAAGGGAGACUAUGAAACCGCCAGCCCCUGUGAGCCUGUCGACCUCCCGCAAACUAUCCUUGAGCCAAUCCUUGUUCGAAACGCAACCCUCAACGGCUUUAGCUGUCGCUUCGACACACAAUUUGUGAGCUUCACACAAGAUGAAGAAGGUGUCACAUCCACACUCAAAGAUGGCAUUACUGGAGCUCUAUUCCAGAUCCGCUCCAAAUAUCUGUUUGGAGCAGACGGCGCAAGAAGUGAAGUCUUCCGGCAAGCAGAGCUUCCCUUGGACGUACGGCCAGAUCAGGGACUUGCAUUCAACGUCCACUUGAAGGCAGACUUGUCCAGCUACAUGCAAUACCGCACUGGAAACCUGCAUUGGCUUUUGCAGCCAGACAAAGAGCACCCUCUCUUUGGUUGGGCAUGUAUUGCAAGAAUGGUGAAGCCUUGGGAUGAGUGGCUGUUCAUUGUUCUACCUGAGCGUGAAAAGGAGAUGGAAUGCAAUCCCUCGAAUGAGGAGUGGAAGACACGGAUGAAGGAAUUCAUAGGGGAUGAUUCAAUUCCUGCCGAGAUUCUGGGUGUUUCAAAGUGGCGCAUCAAUGAUGUUGUUGCGGAGAAGUUCUCUAAGGACAGAGUGUUCUGCCUUGGAGAUGCAGUUCACCGACACCCACCUUCAAAUGGACUCGGCUCUAAUACAUGUAUCCAAGAUGCCUACAAUCUGGCAUGGAAGGUUGCACAUGUUCUACGAGGUCACGCACCAUCCUCUUUGCUUGAAACAUACUCAGUCGAGCGCCAGCCAGUCGGUCGAGGCGUGGUCACCCGCGCAAACCAGUCAUUCCGCCACCACGGCCCAGUUUGGGAAGCACUAGGAGUGGCACUUCCAAGUCCAGAGCUGCGAACAGAAGCUCUCCACGAGCUAACUUUACCCACUGAAAACGGUCGCGCUCGUCGAAGUAGGCUUCAAGCCGCAAUCGAAGAGACAGAGCAUGAGUAUCAUGCCCUUGGUACAGAAAUGGGCCAGUACUACGAAAGUACCGCAAUAUACUCUGCAGACGAGAAAGAGUCCUUCUACAGCCCCGAAGUGGCGGCCAAGGAUCCUGAUCUCAUUCUCACCCGGAGCACAUACCCAGGAUGCCGUCUCCCUCACGUUUGGCUUAAUGAUGCCAUCCCUGUGCAACGUAUUUCGAGCAUUGAUCUGGCUGGUCAUGGGUACUUCACCGUUCUCACUGGCAUUGGAGGUGAGGCUUGGAAAUCUGCAGCUUCCCAGGUCGGUGCUAGCCUUGGUAUGAACAUCAAGGCAUAUUCUAUUGGCUUCCGUCAGGACUAUGAAGAUGUUUACUUUGAUUGGGCGCGUGUUCGGGGUAUUGAUGAGACAGGAUGUGUUCUUGUUCGACCUGAUCGAGUUGUAGCCUGGAGAUGUCACGAUAUACACCCCGAUGAGGCUCAGUGUACUUCCAAACUACGAGAAGUCAUGCUCAGUGUUCUGGGUCGGCAAUCAUAG